AUGCCAGCCUCUCCACGCAGACGAUCGCGGUCGCGGUCACCGCCACGACGACAAAAAGCUGGUGGCGGCUUCAAAUGGAAGGAGAAACGCUCGACCGAAACAGACGACAGACGCGACGACGAUCGUCUCCAGCGCGGGUAUCGCGAUCGCUCUCCCAGGCGAGAUCGUGACCGUGACCGCGAUCGUGACUACGGAAACAGAGACCGGGGCGGGAACCGCGACCGGUCACCGCCGAGACGAGAACGGAGUCGGGAUAGAGACGGGGAAGACCGAUACCGUCGCAGUGAUCGAGACAGGGAUAGGGAUGGGCGAAGGGAUCGGGAGAGAGACAAGGAGAGGGAACGAGAGAAGUCUCCGUACAGCCAGCGACGUGACCGUGACCGCGACCGGGAACGCUCCCCUCGAGGUGACAAGAAACCGAAAAAGGACAAACCGACCCCCUCAACCACCACCACCAGCGGCGGCGCCGGCGGUCCGCCGCAAAGGCCACCGCCGGUAGCGAGCACAGGCGGCGAGGAAAUGAUUUUGGUCACGGUCAACGAUCGGCUCGGGACCAAGGCACAGAUCCCGGCGUUUCCUAGCGACACGGUGGGGCAGUUCAAGAUUAUGGUGGCGAUGCGCGUGGGACGGGAGCCGCACGAGAUUAUGCUCAAGAGGCAGGGGGAGAGGCCGUUUAAGGAUAUGAUUUCGUUGGGGGACUAUGGCGUUUCGAAUGGGGUGCAGUUGGAUUUGGAGGUUGAUACUGGGGAUUAA